AUGCCCUCGCCCUCACAAUACAUCUUCGGCCUUCAAGCCGUCCCGUUGCUCGCCAGUAGUGUCUACAUCCUGCUCUGGCCCGCAGCUGCAGCCAACCUGCCAGAUUCAGACUUGGCGAGCCUUAGCAAUGGCACAAUCCAGGCAAUUAGUAUGACGUCCCUUUCUCUGGGAACUUUCUACGCCAUCGCCGCGUACCAGAACAACAUCCCGAUGAUGUUAACUGCCAUUCCUGGUCGUCUUCUGGCAGCUUUUGUUUUCCAUCAUAGUGGUGGGGGAUGGGCCAAGGUUGCGCCUUUUGAGGCCCUUAUGGGGCUUUUGAAUGCGGUUGGUCUUUAUUGGGAUUGGACCUUGAAGCGCUCCGCUGAGCGUAAAAAGAAAGAGUGA